GGCAGGGAGGUGGGCGAGAAGGGCGCCGCGCACCCCGAGGCCCGUGCGGGCGGCGGGAGGGACCCGGGGGCGACACGGGACACCCCCGGCGGCGGACCCCUCCCCAGCCCGACAGGUGAGCGCGGGCGGGCCUCGGGGCGGAGCCCGCCGGCCCUACCGGCCACCCGCCGCGCCACCGCCGCCGCCGUCGCCGCACAGAUUAUAUCUGGGUGCUGGCACCCAGCCACUUCUCUGCCAAUGAAGUACAUCUUGGUCACUGGUGGGGUCAUCUCGGGCAUCGGUAAAGGGAUCAUUGCGAGCAGCAUUGGGACGAUUCUAAAAUCAUGUGGACUCCGAGUCACUGCCAUCAAAAUUGACCCCUAUAUAAACAUCGAUGCGGGCACUUUUUCACCUUAUGAGCACGGUGAAGUGUUUGUCUUAAACGAUGGUGGAGAAGUUGAUUUAGACCUUGGAAAUUAUGAAAGGUUCUUGGAUAUUAAUCUUUAUAAAGACAACAACAUCACCACUGGGAAGAUAUAUCAACAUGUGAUCAAUAAAGAGAGGCGUGGCGAUUACCUGGGGAAAACAGUACAAGUUGUCCCUCACAUUACUGAUGCUGUCCAGGAGUGGGUUAUGAAUCAAGCCAUGGUGCCCGUGGAUGGUCAUAAGGAAGAGCCCCAAAUAUGCGUUAUUGAGCUGGGUGGCACCAUUGGAGACAUUGAAGGAAUGCCGUUUGUGGAAGCGUUCAGACAAUUCCAGUUUAAAGCAAGAAGAGAGAAUUUCUGUAAUAUCCAUGUUAGUCUUGUCCCACAGCCCAGUGCUACCGGAGAGCAAAAAACCAAACCCACACAAAACAGUGUCCGUGCGCUGAGGGGAUUAGGCCUGUCUCCCGAUCUGAUUGUUUGCCGAAGUUCAACGCCCAUCGAAAUGGCUGUGAAGGAGAAGAUUUCUAUGUUUUGUCAUGUGAACCCUGAACAGGUCAUAUGUAUCCAUGAUGUUUCUUCCACCUACCGAGUACCUGUGCUUUUGGAGGAACAAGGCAUCGUUAAAUAUUUUAAAGAGAGACUGGAUCUGCCUAUUGGGGAUUCUGCAAGUAAUUUGCUUUUCAAGUGGAGAAAUAUGGCUGACAGGUAUGAAAGGUUACAGAAAACAUGUUCCAUAGCCCUGGUUGGCAAAUACACCAAGCUCAGGGACUGCUACGCCUCCGUGUUCAAAGCCCUGGAACACUCAGCCUUGGCCAUCAACCACAAGUUGAAUCUGAUGUACAUAGACUCCAUUGAUUUGGAGCAGACUACAGAAACUGAGGACCCUGUGAAAUUCCAUGAAGCUUGGCAGAAGCUCUGCAAAGCUAAUGGUGUUCUCGUGCCAGGAGGCUUCGGAAUCAGAGGAACUUUGGGAAAACUUCAGGCAAUUUCUUGGGCCCGGUCAAGGAAGAUUCCGUUUCUGGGAGUUUGCCUUGGGAUGCAACUGGCAGUGAUAGAGUUUGCGAGAAACUGCCUUAACUUGAAAGAUGCUGAUUCCACAGAAUUUGAGCCAAAUGCCCGUGUUCCUGUGGUGAUUGAUAUGCCGGAACACAACCCUGGCAAUUUGGGAGGAACGAUGAGGCUGGGAAUAAGAAGAACUGUUUUCAAAACUGAAAAUUCAAUAUUAAGGAAACUUUAUGGUGAUGUACCUUUUAUAGAAGAAAGACACAGACAUCGGUAUGAGGUGAAUCCUAGGCUAAUCAACCAACUUGAGCAGAAUGACUUAAGUUUUGUAGGUCAGGAUGUUGACGGGGAGAGGAUGGAAAUCAUUGAACUGGCAAAUCACCCCUAUUUUGUUGGUGUCCAGUUCCAUCCUGAGUUUUCUUCUAGGCCAAUGAAGCCUUCCCCUCCAUACCUGGGGCUGUUACUUGCGGCAACUGGAAAUCUGAAUGCCUACCUCCUACAGGGAUGCAAACUGUCUUCCAGUGAUAGAUACAGUGAUGCCAGUGAUGACAGCUUUUCAGAGCCAAGGAUAGCCGAGUUGGAAAUCAGCUGAAACUGAUAUGUGACUUGGAAUCUGCAGGACGGCCUGAGAGGGCUCUGAAGUAACUGAAGCCAAGAUGAAGGAAAGCACCACAUUCAUAGAAUCACUCUUUUCUCCACCAAAUAUGGGAUGUACAGCCUCAAGGGGAAUCUAAUAAUACACAGUUCCAUGAACCAGAACCAAAGGGGUAGUUUUCUUUUUCCUCCAGAGGUGACUUUUGGUUCUUGCAAAUUUCUUUAGCCAAUUAAACUUUUCCCAACAACCUCGAUG